AUGAACUAUGACAACAUCUCCAAAGGCUUGAAAGACAUGCCCAAUGCGUCGCUUGCGUGUCCGUCGACUCAGGUCACCAAGGUUGAGAAGGCUCCCAAGCCACCUAAGGCUCCAAAGACUUCGAAGGAGUCGGAGGCAUCGGCACUUCCCGCUGAUGCAAAGGGUGGAAAGGGCAAAGGAAAGAGAACGCCGUGUGCUAUGCAUGCUGCUGGGUUGUGUCGCUUUGGAUCGCAUUGCAGAAACGAACAUGUUGGUGAUGCCGGCAGUGACGCAGCCAAGAAGGCGUACAUGAAGUCUCAGGAAGGCCAAGGUGACCAGGGUUCCAAAGGAAAGGACGGCGAGGGCAAGGGUAAGGAUAGCAAAGGAAAGGGAAAGAAGGGCAAGGAUGGUGCUUCAUCGUCCUCUGUGCCAUCAGCGGCAGCUGCUGCGGCUGCAUCCACUGUGACCAUCACUGAGGUCAACGCGGAGGAGGUCAUGGACAUUUGGAAGAGCUUUUGUGAGUUUGCUCGAAAGGCGCUCCCGGCGUUGAACGUCUUCCUCAAGGUCAGCAUCCCCAUCCUUGCGUCCGUUGUCAACUCCAUCGUCGAGAACCCGUGCAUUGGUGUUGAGCAAGCUGCAGGUAUGUUGCAUCCAACGGUUGAGGACUUCCGCAACUUGUCGCUUGAAUUCAUUGGUGAUACGGGCGCUGCACAUGACAUUGGGUCGUUUAAAGCGCUUGCCGAUCAGGGUUUUGACCGUGAGAUGUUGGAGCCUUGGUUGAAGUGUUUGGAUAACCCUGUGAGGUUUUCCACGGGAGGAGGACCCCAAACUUCCUCGGAGGCGCUUCGCAUCUAUGCCAAGAGCGUGGGUGAUUUGAACCUCCAUUUGUUGAAGAACUGUCCGUUGGCCAUGUCAAUUGGCAAACAGGUCAGCAAAGGCCGCACCUUUGUUUGGGAGCAUGGCAAAGUUCCGUUCAUUGCUCUUGAUCAUAAGAAGUGCAGGGUAUGGUGUCCCACAGAACAUCGCUGGUAUGCGAGAAGGGUUCAGAAUGAUGUGCCCAUCUUCUCGUUGCACGCGUCAGGGGGGCCACAACAAGGACUGAACUUCAACCACAACAAGAAGCUGUACCAGCCCGCUGUUGUUGCUGAAUGUCCUGAGUCGUGCUUUUGCGGAGACUGCCUUGAGCGGCUUCCUGCUUGUGUUUGUUCCAUCUACCCGGAGGAGGAUGCAGGCUUGAAAGUUGGAGACCAGGAAAUCGCAGCUUCUAGCGCGUGUGAGGUGCCGGUUGAAGGUUUGGUUGUGACAGAAACAAACAAAGAGCAUAGAAGGAGGCAGCAUCGCAAAGACAACAAACGUCGCAAGUGGGAGGCCAUGAAGAAGACCCGUCUUGUUGAGAAGGGGCAGAAGAAGCUUCCGCGUGGUGAGUUGUCUAUGGUUGUGAUGAUGCGUGACAUGGUUGAGUUCUACACCGCGCAGGCCCAGGCCAAUAAAGGCAAGAUAGCAAAACGCUUUGAGGCACUGGCCGUCGAGGUGAUGAAGGAGCUCGAGAGUUUUGAACAACCACAAAUGCAGACUGACCCAACCUGUUUGACUGCGAGCACUGUGAAGCAGCGUUCAAGGCAGACUGGCCUUAAGGGCCGUGGCAUGCUCAUUGAGUUGUGCACCGAGCCGGACUCGAACCUAGGUGUUGUUGGUGAGAGGUUGAACGUCAAGGUCACCCGUUGCACCAAGGAGGUGAACAAUUUAGGAUAUGAGAGUACCACGUCACACCUGAAGAAUUUCAUUCGUGAACAUCCAGGUAUUGAUUUGUGGGCUAGCCUUCCUUGUGGCCCGUGGAGCCAAUGGCAAUACCUCAAUGCACACCGCUAUGGGGCAGAGUUCAGAAAGAAGUUGGCCAAGUCGAGAGACUUGUCGUUGAAGCUGCUUGAUCGCUUUUGUGAGCUUGCUAAAUGUGUUGUUGAGCAUGGUGGAGAUGUUCAUUUUGAAUGGCCCAGACAUGCAUUGGGUUGGAAGCAGGCUGCAUUGUGCCAGCUCAUUCGAGACAUUGGCAUGACAGUGGUGAAUUUUGAUGGUUGUGCAGUUGGACUUGUUGAUUGGCAGGGCACACCGUUCCUCAAGAAGUGGCGAGUGGCAACAACUAACGAGAACCUCGCGAAGAACUUGAACGAGUGUCGCUGCAAGCAUGGUACUGAUUUCAAACAUGCACCUAUCACAGGAUCCAAUACUAGCACGACUGCAAGAUACCCAGAGAUCAUGUGUGAGAUUGUCUUCUCUUCUUUGUUUCCUGACCUUGUUUUCAAGGAGGUGCCCGCCAUGCCCGUUUGUGAGGCAGCUGUGUGCGUGGUUGCACAGGAGCAUGUCGAGAAGGAGCCAGAGGAACAGGUCUACCGUGGACCGUUGGUCAUUGAAACCGUUGAUACCUUUGCAACUCCCGCCGAGCUUGAAGAUGACCUUGCCCCUGCGGACGACGAAGCUGAAUUUGCAGAGUCGAGAGAUGAUAGGUUGAAGCGUGAGGCAAAGAGCCUAGACCACAUCACGACCCACGCGAAGAAGAAUCCUUUUUGUGAACAUUGUGUGCGUGGUCGGAUGUUGAAAAGAUAUGCCCACGGAGUUCGACCUGAGCCUAGUGAUGAAGCGUAUGAGCGCUCGGCUGCUUUUGGCCGUGUGCUCGAAGCCGACCACAUGUUUCCGUCGGAAGAGAGCGUGAGCAACGCUGGGGAGAAGGUGGCUCUGGUGAUCGUUGAUCUCUUCUCCGGUCUGAGCAUGGCCUAUCCGGCCAGAGACAGGUCAGAAGAAUCCUGUUACAACUCUUUGAAACACUUCGGUGGCCAUAGGUUGAACGGUGAUACCGGUGUCAUUUUUAAAUCAGAUGCAGCCGGUGAGUUGACCGGAGCGGCGUCCAGGCUGUGCUGGACAAUAUCCCCGAGCAUCCCCAGGGAUUGGCCUCACGCGGCCCACGUCGAACGUGAGGUGAGGGCCUUGAAAGAGUUGCGCAGACCAGCACAUCUCCAGGCCGGCUUCAGCAAGAAGAUGUGGCCGAUCUCCGUUGUUUACACUGCUAAAGCUCGUGCCUUGUGGUCGCCUUGUGUGAUUCGCAAGCAUGAGCGUGGGACGGAGAUUGAGGAGCUCAAGACUGGCAAGACCCGUUGGGAGGUUUGCACAGGUGAGCCCUUUCUUGGAGUGAAGUACCCUCUUGGUGCACUUGUUUUCUACAGGGCCAAGAGCGAUGGAAUGGCCGCUCCAACUACAAGACCAGGCUUGUUUGCUGGAUGGCGUGUUGACUCAGGCUUGCGAUACCGCAAUGUCGUACAAGUUGUUGACUAUGAAGCUGUCCGUGCAAGAGCGCAUUUGCAUUGGAGUCCCAAGGACUUGCAUGAGAAGGAGGUGUUUUUUCCUCCUGUUGAAUACAUUGAGUUUCCUUUGUCCAACGCGGCAAUGAAGGCGUUGAAGGAAAUGUCUGACCCUGAUGUUGAGGUGAAGAAGAAGAUCUAUGACAGGUCUCUUGAGUCGGGCGUGCUCCCAUAUGACAUUGACAUUGAUGCUUUUCCGGAAGAUACCCCAGUUGCACCCCCACGUCAUGCAUACAUUACUUUUUCACGUUUAUUGGAGCAUGGUUUUACGAAGGGUUGCCCUGGAUGUGAUGGUGGUCACUACCGCCACAAUAAGGCAUGUCGCGAGCGAUUUGAUGCCAUCUUCCCUAGAGAAGCUGCAGCGCCACCUACACCGGCGCCAGAUGUCGGAGCACCAAAGACACCUGGACCGCUUCCAAUGCCUAAGAGUUCAGAGAAAACUUCUUCUUCCUCUUCCACAGGAGCAGUAGAGAAGGAACAUUGGGUUGAGCCGGAGACCACUGAGGGUCCCGAGUACUCUCCUGAUGAGCUUCCCGAGGGGUAUGUCCCACCGGAAGACGUUGCGGCUGGGGUGUAUGCCCUGGUGACGAGACAGCUCACCCGGAACGAAGUGUUGUCCCGACCUGAUGCACUGCAGGCGAUCCGUAAGGAGUUCGAUGGUGUUGGUUCCAUGGGAACAUGGGAGCUUGAGUCGGUUGAUGAAGAGUUCCGCGUGAAGGAGGCUGCAUUGCAAAGUGGAGAGACGAUUCACAUUGCAGACUUGCUUGCUAUUUGCAGCGAGAAGCACGUUGAGUUGGCUCCAGAGCUUCGCGCUCUGAAGGGUCGCGUGUGCUAUCGUGGUGAUUCUGCAAAGACGGCUGAAGGAAAGCUAGCACUUUACCAGACGUUAGCUGCGUCUCCUGCGUCUAUAGUUGCAGCCAAUAGCGUGAUCUCUUUUGGUCUUUUUGAGGGACACAAGUUGUCGUCGGCAGACGCCGUCAAGGCGUAUCUCCAAUCGGAGUUGAAAAGUUUGGCUGCCACGUACAUCCGUCUCCCAAGAGAGUUGUGGCCUGAGUCUUGGUUCACCCCAAGAGCAGUCAAGGUUGAAGAGUUUGCAUCCACCUUCACCGUCCCCACCUUCGGAGGAUUGGCAUUGGUUGUCUACGUGGACGACUUGAUUCUCUCAGGACCAAGUCAGUGGCACGAGCCUUUCUGGGAGGCGUUGGGUGAAAAGGUGUUGAUUGAUGACAUUGGACCGUUGGGUCGCUUUCUUGGUCGACACCACUCCACUGUCGAGGUUGACAACACAGAGUUCUUUGGCUUUGACAUGCGUGCUUACGCUGAGGCUACUGUUCAAGAGUAUUUGAGGGUUGCGAACAGCCCAAAGAUGAAAGUCGUCGCAUCGCCAUUUCUCAGCAAGGGGUUCGUUGGAGCAGAAGAGCGUGGUGCUCUGGCAUCUUCAGCCAGUAGCAUUCUGAUGAGACUGAUGUGGUUGGCACGCCUUGCUCGUCCCGACCUGCUGAGAGCUGUGACUUGGUUGGCAACCAUGGUGCAGUCCUGGACGCAAGCUUGUGAUGCGUACCUAUACCGUGCCAUGUGCUACCUCGAGUGCACCAAGAACGCUAUGUUGCUUGGGCAUGUGCGUGAUGCGCCGGAACAUGUGUUUGUUGAACUUUUCGCAGACGCAGACUACUGCGGAGACGAUGAACACACCCACAGUACCACUGGCGGAUGGCUACAGUUGUCUGGGCCGCCGACAUCGUUUCCUUUGGCAUGGCUGUCGAAGAAACAGACGGCUACUUGUCGAAGCACGACGGAGGCAGAGACUGUCGCAUUGUCGUAUGUGCUCUUUGAAGAGGGUUUGCCAUUGGUCGAGUUGUAUUCCGCAAUGCUUGGACGUCCUGUGUUGUUGAGGCUUCGCGAAGACAACACUGCAUGCGCGAAGGUCGUGACUGCUGGAUACUCCAAGAAGUUGAGGCAUCUCAAACGCGUACAUCGCGUGAGUUUGGCUUCAGUGAAGGAGCAGUUGGAUCGCGAUGACGUGGAACUGAGCCUUGUUGGAACAAGCGACCAGAAAGCCGAUGCUUUCACAAAAGCAGUGGAGCCUGCACUAUGGCCCAAAACCCUCCAAAACCUUGGAGUGCACCUUGAUGGAUACACCAUCAAACACACCUCAGGCACUGGCCUGAAGCUGGACAAACAGAUGGCAUUGCAGCCAGAUACACCAACGACAGACGUAGCGACAGGACCUCAGGGCACGGCAGGCAGAUUAGCCCUGUUGGCCGUUUUCCUCUUUUGGAUCCCGAUCGUUGUUGCAAUCUCUGGAUGGACAACACUGAGUUCGAUUCAGGGAACUGUGCCAGCGGUGGAGAAGUUUUUGGAUGCACAUCCAGCCCUUGCUAGCUUGAUGUCUGGUGUCUUGGCCACAGCGGCCUUGAAGAUCUUCAUGAUGUUUCUUCCUAGCGUGCUCCAUUUUAUCAUCACAACUACUUUGCACUUAAAAGCUGGUAGUGUGGAGCAAUUGAAACUUCAGCAGUGGAGCACAGCUUUCUUGCUUCUCUUCGUCGUUCUGGUGACCUCGCUGGGACGUGGGCUAACGAUCACUUUCUUCAUUGUCAUGCAGGAGCCAGCAAAAAUCAUAAGUUUGCUUGCAGCCUCCCUCCCCUCUGCUUCUCAUUUCUACUUCAACUAUGUCAUCCUGGGAUGGCUGGUUUUGCCCAUGGAUUUUCAGCAGCAGUGGGCGCUGCGCGGCGUUGAGGAUGAGGCCAGAUUGUACUCUGAUCCAGAGGAUCAAGCGUAUUAUGGCUUGGGGACUCGCAUGGCCCGUACAGUCUUGAUGGCCUCGAUUUUCUACAUUUUUUGCUCUUGCUCUCCGUUGAUUUUGGUCUUUACUUGGAUCUACUUCUUCCUGGCACAGUUUGUUUUUGGCUAUUUGCUCCUCUUUUGCGAGAGCAAGAAGCCAGACACAGGAGGAGUCUUCUGGGUGCAAGCCACGGAGCAACUCUUCUUGGUGCUCGCCAUCUAUGUAUCUCGGCAGAAGGGAGUGAUGCUUAUGGUGGGCGUGCUGCGAGGUCUAACUCGAAAUGGCAUAUGGGCCGGACCGCCAAUGGCUACACUGGCGUCUUUGAUGGUUCUUUAUGUGGCCAGGCGAGAUCUGAAGAACUUAGCCUUCGACACCUUGCCGUUAGAGGAGGUCGUGAAGGCCUUCAAGGAUAACAAGGACGGCAGAGUGAAGAGGAAAGAUCUCCCCGGCCUAGCCCAUUUCUUAGAACACAUGCUUUUCACCGGCACGGCCAAGUAUCCCAAAGAAGGUGAGUACCACGAGUUCAUCCAGCAGAACGGGGGAUCAGCCAAUGCGUAUACUGCCUGCUAUUUCACCAACUACAUGUUUGAGAUCAAGCCAGAAGCUCUGGUGGAGGCCUUGGACCGCUUCGCAGGCUUCUUCAUUGAACCGCUUCUGACGCGGGAUUGCACUGAGCGCGAGAUCAAUGCGGUCGAUUCAGAGUAUCAAGCUGGCUUGACUUCGCCUUGGUGGCGCUAUGUCGGCAUCAUGAACAUGAGCGCUAAUCCGGAUCAUCCCUUCCACGUGGCUGUUGGAAACAACAAGGUCUUGCUGGAAGAGCCGAAAGAGCGCGGGAUUGACCUCUACGAAGAGAUGAAGAAACUUUAUGCGCCUGACUUGGCUUCACAGAGCUUGGUGUUGGCUCUGUUGCUGGCGCCAAUUGAUCUUGCCAUGCUGCGCGCUGGUAAGCCUGAUGCACCAGGUGCACUUGCUUGCCUGUGGCAAGUUUUUGGUGACUGCUUCUUGCGUCCAGGAACAGUUCUUCCUGCCAUUGGCUUGACAUGGCUUACUUUUGGCGGGACCUACGCGACAGCAAAUGCUGUCCGAACUAUUUGUGAGGAGAACCGUUGGCAACCAGCUUUGUAUGUCUGGCUAUGCACCACGACUGUCCAAUGCGUCAUCAUGUGCUUGAAAGAUGCCUUUCUUACAGGUGGCAUUGCCCCACCCUUCGACGCUGUGGUGGUUUGGGUUGCACGUGACCUCGUAUUUUCUCUUGUGGUCUUUGUGAUUCCAGAACCUCUCAGCAGAUUCCUUGCAUCCCGUGGCAUCAAAUCUCUUUGCGGUGUGCAGACACAGGACCUGCUACAGAUUUUGCUGCCACAACCACUGCAACUGAUCACAACCCCUUUGCACUUCAUGGGGGUCUCUAUGGUGGCUGCCAGCACCUCACAUUUGAAGCUUUCAUUAGCUCAGCACCUGGCUGCAGCAUUUCGAGAAUUUUGGCUUCGAGUUGGCAUUCGCUGUGUUAGAGUUCUGGUGCCCUACUGCUUUGGUGCUGUGGCAAACCGAAGACUCAGGACGUACUUUGCAACAUGUGGUCAGCAGAAGCAGCCACUGCUGCCAACUUCUAUCUCAGAGCGGGGCAUUCCUACGUGCAUCCCAGCGUGGCGUGCUUCGCGCCUGGCUGCUGUCAUCAAGAAUGCAGUCCUGAUUGCCGUCGUGGCUGUCAUGGCUCAACGGGGUCUUGCUUUGACAGGCCCUGCUGCCAUUUUGCUUGGAGCAUCAAUUGCAGCUCGGAGCACGCCUUCGCGCUCCAAAUCUCUUUUGCCUAUGGAGAGCAAAGUGUGA